AGAUAACGGAAGUACCAGUCUAUUACAUCAUCGAUGACGUCUUUUAGCAGCCUUGUUUUGUUAAGAUGGCGCUGCGGCCAGGACCAGGGGGAGCUGGCAGUUUUAUAUAUCCUGUCGGAGGUGGCCUGGGACCUCCACAAGGCCUGAUGCCCGUGCAGGGUCCGCAGCCGCAACAGGGCUUCCCCAUGAUGCAGGUCAUGUCGCCCAACAUGCAGGGAAUGAUGGGAAUCAAUUUUGGGGCCCAGAUGACCCCAGCAGCCAUGCCAAUGCAGGGUGGGCUGACGAUGGGGAUCCAGGCCCCUGGGAUGCAGUUUGUGGGUCAGCCCCAAUUCAUCAGUGUGAGGGCCACCGGCCCGCAGUACACACACAUAGCUGAGGAGCAUCAGAAGCGACUGGAGCAGCAGCAGAAGCUGCUGGAGGAGGACCGCAAGCGGAGGCAGUUUGAGGAGCAGAAACAGAAACUGCGUCUGCUGAGCAGCGUCAAGCCCAAGGCAGGAGAGAAGAGUCGGGACGAUGCACUGGAGGCCAUCAAAGGGAACCUGGACGGCUUCAGCAGAGACGCAAAGCUGCACCCCACGCCAUCCUCGCACCCCAAGAAAGCAGGUGUAGGAGUCUACCCUCAGCAGGACCACAUCCAGCCUCUUAUGCCUGCCUGGCUGUACAAUGACAGCCUGGUCCCAGAACUCUUCAAAAAGGUGCUGGACUUCACUCUGACCCCUGCUGGCAUUGACACAGCCAAGCUGUACCCCAUUCUGAUGUCAUCAGGCCUGCCCAGAGAGGCGCUGGGACAGAUCUGGGCUUCAGCCAAUCGCACCACACCUGGCAAGCUGACCAAGGAGGAGCUCUAUGCUGUGUUGGCCAUGAUUGGUGUAACACAGAGUGGUAUUCCAGCAAUAGGUCUGGAUAUUUUGAGUCAGUUCCCCUCUCCCCCAAUGCCCAACCUGCCUGCCAUGACCGCACCCCCUGUCCUGCCCCAGCACCAACAGCCAAUCAUGUCUCAGACAUCAGUCUCUAUGGCCACGCCCCCUGUCUUGCCCCAGCACCAACAGCCAAUCAUGUCUCAGACAGCAGUCCCCAUGACCACACCCCCUGUCCUGCCUCAGCACCAACUUCCAAUCAUGUCUCAGACUCCCGUCUCCAUGGCCACACCGCCUGUCCUUCCCCAGCACCAACAGCCAAUCAUGUCUCAGACAUCUGUCUCCACACCGACUCCAACACCUGCAGUCAUCGGCAUGAGUUCAAGCACCAGCAUCCAGCCUGCCAACAGCUUUGUCGCCUGUUUCCCACCUCUGCAGGGAACGAAACCAGACGAUGAUGAUUUCCAGGACUUCCAGGAGGCACCCAAGGCUGGGGCCAGCGAGGACCCCUUCACUGACUUCCAGGCAGAACCAGGAAACACAUUCUCCAGCACAGCUCAUCCCCAACAACAGACUAGUGUUACUGCAAUACUGACUCCAGUGUCCAGAUCCUCAUCCCUGGAUAAAUAUGCUGCAUUCAAACAGCUAUCUGUGGAGCAAGCUGCAGAUACCUCCUCCCCUGCCUCAGAUUUUACAGAUAAAUAUAGUGUCUUCAGACAGCUUGAGCAACCUGGAGAUAGAAAGUCAGGUGAAGGAUUUUCAGACUUUAAGUCCGCCAGUACCGAUGAUGGCUUCACAGACUUUAAAACAGCCGAUGCAGUGUCUCCAUCAGACCCUUCGGAUCAAACAAAGACCUUCCACCCCUCAUUCCCUCCCCCUUUUGCCCUCUCUCAGCCUCUGCAUCAACAGCCCCAGAACCCCCCCUCCCGGUCGCGAUGCAGAAACCCUCUCAACAUGGCCGACUUGGACCUCUUUGCCCCCACGGCUCCGCCUGCGCCUGCCGCUGACCCCAAAAACCUGCCUUUCCCUUCCACUCCCCAAUCUGCAGAGCCCCGCCCAGAGGGAGCUGUGCCCUUGGGCAAAGCUGGCGAUGAUUUUGGGGAGUUCGCCCUCUUUGGAUCCUCUACCCCCAACUCCUGCUCGGCUGCAACGCCGGGCUGCACUGUUGGGGUGGGGGGAACGGCUCUCGAUGAGUUUGCCGACUUUCUGGCUUUCAGGAGGCCUGGGGAGAUCUCAGCCGACGCUAACCCCGUCCUGAGCGGCUCCAGGAUGGGGGAGGCUCUGCCCCGGCAGCAGCAACAGCAUGUCUCAGACAAAUACAACAUCUUCAAGCAGCUCUCUUUGGAAGGCAGCCUGGGCUACGACACCAAGGAUAGUGGGGGCUGCGCAGCCUCUCUGAAGAGCGACAUUGACGAUUUUGCCGAAUUCCAGUCCUCCAAGUUCUGCACUGCCCUGGGGGCCUCAGAGAAGAGCCUGCUGGACAAAGUCACCUCCUUCAAACAGUCCAAGGAAGACUCCGCCUCCGUCAAGUCCCUGGACCUCCCAUCCACUGGGGGCAGCAGUGCGGGAAAGGAGGACUCGGAAGACACGCUCUCUGUGCAGCUGGACAUGAAGCUGUCAGACAUGGGCGGAGACCUGAAGCACGUGAUGUCUGACAGCUCUCUGGACCUGCCUGCAAUGUCCGCCCACCAGCCCCCCGCCUCAGGUGAGGAACUAGUGCGCUUACUGUGGUGAGACGCAGCUCAGCUACGCACACCUCUGCUCCCAGGCCCUCUCUGCUCCAGGCAACCCUUUGGCCUCUGCCCCAGUGCCCCCCACAGUGCAUAUGUACUGUGGCCACUUUAUCAGCCCAGUGUUUAAAACCAUCAGUUCAGAGCACACUUCAUAGCCUUCCAUGAAACCCAGAAAUACUGUGUGCCCAUCAUUUUGUUUGUGUCUAAUUUUAUUUAUUUAUUUAUUUAUUUAUUUAUUUAUUUAUUUAUUUAUUUAUUUAUUAUUUAUGUAUGUAUGUAUUUAUUUGUUUGUUUGUUACAUUGCCAUUUAUGAAUUGAUCUGUAUUUCCAUGUGUUUUCAGGCUGUUUUAUAAGGAUGGUCCAUAUUGUAUUGGUUGUAGGACUCUGUUUCUGCUGAAUUAGUUGUUGUAGCAGUGUUAAUGUACCCACCAGUGUGAUAAAUCCCUGAAUCCCUGGUACCCCAGACAUGUCUCCUGCAUAAAGCACACUGCCUCUGUCCUGCUCAAAUUUAUUUAACAACCACACUGGCAAUAGGAAAGGACUCUCUCCCUUUUCACUUAUCAUUGCAUCCUUCACGUUAGUCCUUACUUGGCUGCAUACUUGGGUCAGAUCAGUAUUUAAAAUAUAGUCCCCCCUCCACUGUUUGCUGUCUGCUAACAUUAUACAAUCUGUAGCCAGAAACAAUAUGCUACGUGUGUGUAUUUAAUCAAAGUCAAGCACAGCAGUGCUCAUUCAACCCAGUCUCACUGUCAACAGACAGCUCACCACUUUUCAGACCUUAUAGACAGACAACUCAGAUUAUGGACCUGGUUACAUGAUAGCAGCCCAUAGAAGCAUGGAGAUAUUCUUGGAUACCUCAGGUACAACCUGUUCGGAACCAGUGGGAGGACAACAGAACCCAUAGGAUAUUACAUUCAUAAACUUCUAUGAUGCAUCAAUUAACAUAACAAUAGCAAAAUACAGUAUGUAACUUGGAUAGCUUGCUAGGUAAGAUAAUAUAUCUAAAUAGAAGACCAUUCUAUAGUUACAAAUGGAAAAGCUAGACAGGUUAAAUGAAUAAUACUUACUUUCAGGUUUUGGAGGCAUUCACGGAAACUGGGCACUGCUAAUCUCAGUGUUCUCUGAGAGCUGUUUAGGCUCGCCUCAACCUGUGCUAACAAACUGCACCCAUUUCACACAAAAGUGAUACAAUUGUAUGUAGUACUGCAGAGAAAAGGCCUCUCCUAUGUUACAGUGGAAAACAGCAUAACUUCUGUUUGUAGACAGUGCCAUCAUUCGCAUUAUAAUGCAUUAGCUAGUUCACUGCUGUCAUAUCAGCACCAGCGCCAUGUCAUUAUUAAUAAGACAGAAAGAUUCCAUGAUGUCUCAAAACCAGUGAUUUUGCUUAAAUUCCAUUGUUGAUAGCUGACUUUGAUCCUCAGUGUUUUCAACAGCAAAACCGGCUCAUUCACAGAGCUGACAGCAUAUUUUACAUUUUAGCAGGUGUGCAUUGUGCAUUAGAGUGUAUAAAUGCCACCGAGAGAUUUAUCAGCAGAGCAGUCAUGAUUUUGACUGGAGGGGGUCUUUAAAGAGUGUUUCACUCAGGUCUGUUAGCGUGUGCUGCUGCUCACCUGGAGAGCACUGAUGGUCAGCAUGUUGAUGCCGAUGGUCCUAAAAAAAUUAAAAUAGGUGGGGCAUUCAUGCACAGCACACCACUGUAUUAUUUUCCAAGUAGAUUAUUGUCCCUAAGAAACUUUAUGUAAGAUAUUUUAGACUGCCAUUACCUCUUUACUAAUAAUCUGAUUCUGUUAUAUGCGCAUAGAAGGACUUUAUUUAAUUAAUAAUGCAGCCGAGUAUUAAAAGACGCUGUGAGGUAGUGCAGUGCGUGUACACUUUCAGUCAACAUUCCUGUACUGAAAUGACUGUAUUGGCUGUCAGUCUGAUCGAUCAGACCUUGCCCUUGUGUGCAUGCAGCAGAUGUUAUAGAUAUUCUCUGUUAAAACAGCAUUUCAUUGGGUCAAGUUUGAAUAUUAUUAAAAGACAUUAAAAUAGAAAAGGAGCUUGAGUUAUGUUCGUGUAGUGCAAAAAGUGGCAAAGGUGAAUUUUAUUUAUUCACCUGAUCUUACUUCACAAUUCACCUUACGGAGCAAGGUACAUAUUCCUGAAUACUCAAGACCUCUUCUUAAAAUAUGUGUGCACAUUUAUACACGCUCAUGGGUCUGUUGGCUUCUUGGCUGAGUGAGAUUUGCUUUGAUUUAGGCUUAUAGAUGUCAGAAUAAGCAGUGUUAAUUUCAGUGUGUGUGCAGCUGCAUGUGUUGUAGUGCUGUGUGAGAAACAUUAAUGAUCUGUCUGCAGAAGUUGUUCCACAGACCCAAUCAAGGCUGUUUGUUCUCUGCAUUCCUACUUCAUAUUCAUCAAUGUUUAUUCUUAAAGAGACAGUAUCUCUUUUUGUGGAAUGUUUUUGGCCUAGAAAUCUACAUCAAAGCAAUAUUAGUAUCUGAAUUAUAAUAUUAUUAAUCAUAAUAAUAUUAAUAUUAACAUAAUUAAUACAAAAACACAAAAAAACUGUGGGAUCAUACAGCUGGUAUAUAUCUGCAUAUCAAUCCACCUUUAAAAAAAAAUAUGUACAGUGAGCUCCAUGAUUUUUGGCACAAGGACAAUUAUUUUUGAUUUGGCUCUGUGCUCCACAAUUUAAAAUUUGUAAUCAGCCAAUUCAUGGUUAAUUUGCACAUUCUCAGCUUUUAUGGGUAUUUUUAUACUCUUUGGUUCCACCAUAUAGAAAUCACAGCUCUUUUUAUACAUACUUUAACGUAUGCAGUGAAUGUUCAGUAAGAUUCAAAUUGGGUAACUUAGCCAAUCAAUUUCCCAGUUUUUGGCUUUCGUUGCUUUAGCAGUAUGUUUGGGAUCAUUGUCUUGCUGUAGGAUGAAGUGCCAUCCAAUGAGUUUUUAAAGGCAUUUUAUUGAACUUGAGCAGAUAAGAUGCAUCUGUACACUUCAUAAUUCACUCUGCCACUGCUAUAAGCAGUUACAUCAUCAAUGCAUCAAUGAAGACAAUACCUGUGGCGGUCAUACAUGUCUAAACCAUAACAUUCCCGCCACCAUGUUUCACAGAUUGGGGGGGGGGGUGUUUUGAUCUAAGGGAGUUCCUUUUGCCUGCCACACUUUGUUCUUGGCAUCACUCUCAUACAAGUGACUCUUGGUCCUUUUUUCCAGAACACUGCAGGCCCUUUUAGGCACUUCUUAGCAAACUAACCCAGCCAUCCUGUUUUUGUGGGUAAUUACAGGUUUGCAUUUACCAAUAUAGCCUCUGUAGUUUUGUGAAGUCUUCUGUGGACAGUAGUCCACCGAUACAUCCACUCCUGCUUCCUGUAGACUGUUUCUGAUCUGUCAGGCAGGUGUUUAGUGGUUUUUCUUCAUUGCGGUCAUCAACUGUAGAGGACGUUCUUAGCCUACCAGGCCCUUUGCAAUUUCUGAACUCACCAGUGUUCUCUUUCUUCUUGAUGCUCCAAGCAGUUGCUAUCGAUAAGCCUAAGGUUUGGCCUAUGUCUCUGUUUUUUCUUAUUUCUCAGCCUCAUAAUGGCUUCCUCGACUCGUCAUUGGCAACUCAUGUUGACAAACUCCAAUAACAGACUGCAAAGCAAUCAAAAGCUGAAAGCUCUUAUACCUGCACUAAGGAAACAAAUGAACACAUCUGACUAAUCCAAAACACCUCUGAAGUCAUUUGUUCCAAACUUUAUGGUUCCCUUAUAAAAAUACCCUGUAAUAACAGCUGAUAAUUUGCACUUCAACCACACAUGAAUGAUUACAAAUAUAAAAUUGUGGUGUGUAUAGCCAAAUCAAAAAGAAAAUGUCUUAGUCCCAAACAUUAUGGAGCUCACUGUAUAUACAUAUAAAAUUCAUAGUGUAUUUUUAUUGCAGUUUGUGCUCAACUUUAUUUCAAAUAUAUAUAUAUUCAAUGUAGUUUGAACAAAUCCUACUUCAUGCUACGUUAUCUAUUUGAAUAUUAAAGCUAAUUAUCAAUUUUUCAUAUAUUUCCAUUAAAGUAUUAAAUGUCUAAUGAAUAUUUACAAAUAUUUGCUGGAUGUUAUCUUUUUAUGCAUUCUUCUUCCAUAAUGUAAAGAGGUUAGACAGAGGAACAUGCACAGGACAUGUUUGGGGUGGUGUGAUAAACAGAAUACUGUCACUUUAAAUUUGUUGUUCACCUGUUACAUAAGAUGCAGUGUUAAGUUCGUCUUAUGUUAUUUUAACCCCUUGAGUAUUUGAACAAAGCAGUUAUCAAAGGUUUGUUCUGAUUUGUUUUAAUGAAGAGUGUCAAUGCUUACCUGCCAUCUAUUUAAUACAUUGAAUACCACGGAGGGACAAGCAUGAAUGAGAUUAAUGAAUCACAGGCUCUUUUGUCAAUCUUGGCUUUUUAUAACUUACUAUCCUUACUCUUUAUUGCUUCUGAGCCUGUGGGCUAUAUCCUGAUCUUGGGGUUUAUAUCCCGGUAGAAUCAGAAUGACAGAACAGAUUGUCUCACCCAAAGUAUACAUUUUUCAGAUACCCAUCGUUCAUUUUGGCCAUCUUGGGAACCUGCAGGACGUGAGUUAAGAGUGAAGACGUGUACGUCCUCAAAGCAUUUUAGUACCUGGCUUUCAACAUACACUCACAUUUUUCUCGAUUUUUGGCUUUUUAAGCUUUACGUACAAUUUGGUUCUCUGUUGCUUUUCCCUCUUAGAACUUAUCAAAAACUAAUGUUAGUCUGUGAAUGUGCCUUCUCAGAUCUACUGUCUGCUGGUUUCUGGGGUUUCCUCUUUCAAACAUUUGCCGUUUGUCGUUUUUAUGACUUUGCAUGCCCUUGUAUGCGUUCUUUUUUUAAGUGCUCAUUUGGCUAAAUUCUCUUAUAAAUUUCCCUUUCAGACAGCAUUUUGUGAACUUCCUCUCGUUGUCAUAAUAAAUAUAAAUCUUGGUAUAGCUGAAA